AGCACCGCAGUUGCUGAUUCGAGUCUGGCGAGGCGCGCGCGCAAGCCUACUCCGCGAAAUUCGAUCGGUCCGAAAUUGUAACGGAGUGUGAAAUUUUAUUGCUGAAAAACAAAUUUUAAGUGUUACUUCAGGCAAGAUGCCGCAAGAUACAAACCACGAUUUGGUAGCCAUCAGGGAUUGGCUAGCCAAGGAGCCGUACUUACCACAAGACCUUGAUGACUUCAUGAUCAAGAAGUUCCUUCACAGCUGCUACGGGAGCUUGGAGAAGACCAAGAAAUGCAUCGAAAAGUUCUGCACUACCCGAUCCAGUUUGACAGAACUCUACACCAACAGGGACCCUACGUCUGUCAAGAUGAAGACUGCAUUUUCAAUCACCUCAGUAGCCACAUACAAGGCGGGAGAGGACGAGAUCUUGAUCCACCAACUGGACGACCCGCCCCUCGACAAAUUCUCUUUCUACGACAUUCUGAAGGCGUUCACCCUCCAAGCGGACUACUGGUUGAAGGUCCACGACUUCUUCCCUGAGGGACACAUCAUCGUCCUGGACAUAAAGGACUACUCGUUGAGGAUCAUCCCCAAAGUCAAUGUCAUGUACUUCAGGGAUUUCCUCAUUUAUUUACUGGAAGGCAUGCCUGUCCGAGUGAAGCAAGUGCACGCGGUGAACUGCCCGUCGUACUACGAAAAGCUUUAUGCGCUAGUCAAACCCGCCCUGCCCGCGGAAAUUUGCAAUAUCAUAACAUUCCACUCCAACGUGCAAAGCCUGCAGAAAUCGGUAGACAAGAAAUACUUACCAGCCGAGUAUGGCGGCGACGCUCAAAGUAUGAAGGAACAGCAUCAGUUCUGGAUCAGCAAGAUUGAAGAAGAGAGGAAAAUGUUCCUAAACGACGGGAUGUGGAAAGCUGACCUGAAACUGAAACCGAAAAGCAACGCAGUUGAAAACGUCAUGAACGGAUCCUUCAGGACUUUGUCCAUUGAUUAAUAAGAUUCAAUAAGUAUUUUACAUU